UUGUUUGUUGACACUUUUUCCAAACAUUACAAUUUUUUUUUUUUUCUGCUUACUUCACUCUGCUCUGCCUUCCACAACACAGUCCUCUCUUUCUUCUUCCCUUGUUUGGGGCUUUCUUUUGUGAGAACUAAGCUAACAAGCAUGAGCACAGGAACCAGCACCUUUGUCAUCAGAUGGAUCAACUUUCUCACCAUGAUUUUGGCAAUAGCUGUUAUUUGUUUCGGUGUUUGGAUGAGCACUCACCAUGAUGCAUGCCGGCGGACAUUAACUCUUCCGGUUCUUGGUCUCGGCGCUUUAAUUUUCGUAGUAUCUCUGAUCGGUUUCCUUGGCGCAUUGAAGAAUGUUUCUUGGCUGUUGUGGAUUUAUCUAAUAAUGUUGUGCUUCAUUCUAGUUGGAAUUCUAGUAUUUACGGUAUUGGCGUUUAUCGUCACGAAUAAUGGGUCUGGUCAUGCUGUUACUGGACUGAGGUAUAAAGAAUACCAUCUUCAAGAUUAUAGUUCUUGGUUCUUAAGAAGAUUAAAUAACACUCGAAACUGGCGACGCUUGAAGAGUUGCCUUGUGAAAUUAGAAGAUUGCAAUAAUUUGCCGAAGAGAUACAAGACCCUGAAAGCUUAUAAAUCAGCAGAAUUAUCUCCCAUUGAGGCCGGCUGCUGUCGGCCACCAUCAGAAUGUGGUUACCCGGCAGUAAAUGCGUCGUAUUAUGAUCUGAGCUACCAUCCUGUGAGCAGCAACAAAGAUUGCAAAACAUACAAAAAUUCACAGAACAUCAAGUGUUACAACUGUGAUUCUUGCAAGGCUGGAGUUGCACAAUAUAUGAAAAUCGAGUGGCGAGUGGUCGCAAUUUUUAAUUUGAUCCUUUUUGUCAUUUUGGCUGCUGUUUACUUCGUCGGAUGCUGUGCAAGGAGAAAUGUUGCUCAGAAUAGUUCUUCCAAGAUCGGCGGCCGAUGAACCUUAGCAUAUAAUUGUCUCGGAAAAUUCAAGUGUUUCAUGAAUGGAAGAUCACACAAUGAGAGAAGGUUGAAUUCAGUCAUGGUUCAAGUGUUUUGAGUUGUAAUAUUCUCUAAUAUAAUUAUGUAUUUAUAUGUUGUUUCUUUAGUUCUAGUGUCAAAGUUUUAUGAGAUUUUGUGAUGAAAACUUUUCAUGAGUUUUGGCAUGUAAACUUCCAUCCAUUCUGUGAAGUAACUUUGUUCAUUUGUUUAA